CGAGUCCCUUGAACACAAUUUUACCGAGCUUGAGUCUCAGGGUUGCCCCACGUCGGCUUUUCGGGAUUCCAGCCGACCACUGGCCACAUGUGAUGAUAGAUGUCCUUUUGCCUCCACUGGGGCUCCGCUCUCAGGGCAUGCAGUCCGCAUGUCUGAGACUCGCACGGCGAGAAGCGCGCUCUGCUUCUUCCCAGCCGACUAAGAUCCUGGUAUAAAAUCUAUGCUUUGCGGCAUAGCACCAGCCAGUCUGUCGUCAACGCAGCCCCCGGCGGUCCCUCACUUCACGAUUCGACUAUGUCUCUUUCUGAGGAGGGUUUUAGUAUGAUUCCUCCACGCUCCGAAUGGCGGUCGAGGCGGGGCAUGACGCGCACUGUGCCCAUGAAGGUAUUGGUUCUCGGCUAUCCGCGCACCGGAACAUCCUCGAUGCGCAAGGCGCUGCAGAUUCUCGGCUACGACGAGGUUUACCACAUGGAAUCCGUUUUGGCGAAUCCACACGACGCGGAUCUCUGGAAAGAAGCCUACCACACGAAGUACGACAAGGGGGAGCUGGUUCCGAGGGAGAAAUUCGACGAGAUCCUCGGUCACUGCGAGGCGGCCACCGACGCCCCUCCGAUGAUGUACGCCGAGGACCUCGUCGCCGCCUACCCGGACGCGAAAGUCAUCCUCACGCUGCGCGAUCCAGCCAAGUGGUGGAAAUCCUUCCGCGCCACUGUCGCAAGCGUGCCGCAGAACCGCACAUUCGCCCUCGCCAUGCUGCUCGACUACUCCGGCGUGCGGCAUCUCGGCGGGAUGUCGAAACAGAUGAUCAUGCAGCUCUGCGGGCCUGGAGUCACGCCCGAAGGCGCACAGGCCCGCUUCGUUGCGCACUACGAUCAUGUGCGCACGUUGGUGCCCAAGGACAGGCUGCUCGAGUUUGAUGUCAAGGACGGGUGGGAAUCGUUGUGCCCGUUCCUCGGUGUGCCCAUCCCCGACGGAGCGUACCCGCACUCGAACGACAGCGCGGUCUUCAAUCAGCGGGUCACUGCGACUGCCCGAGCCGCCCUCUGGCGUGUUGCCGGGGAUCUCGCCGUUCCUGUGUUAGGGCUCUUGGCCCUCGGGCUAGCUACGUAUUACAGGUCAGGGAAGGUUUAACUUGGCUCUGCACCGCACAUAUUUCAGUGGUGACUCAAUUUAGCGCGACCUGAGUAGGUUACGUCCUGUUACGCGACUGUGGCACAGAUCGCAUACAAAUCGAGAAGUACUGGAGCCAUCACGAACUGAGUGGGUAAUAGGAAUGAGC